GACGACGCGCUUGGGCGCACGAUAGCCUCUAGAAUCUUCCAUUAAAAAUACCAAACUCCAAAGAUUUUCUCUAUUUAAAUCCUUAGAUUUAAUUUGAGAUUUCAAUUUCUGAUUGCGUGGAACUCGAUUUUGGGUUCCUAUUCGCGAUGGCCGAGACUGUUGUGCUCAAGGUUGGCAUGUCCUGUGAAGGUUGUGUUGGAGCUGUCAAGAGAGUCCUCACAAAAAUGGAAGGUGUGGAGUCAUUUGAUGUGGACCUCAAGGAACAAAAGGUCACUGUGAAAGGCAAUGUGAAGCCCGAUGCAGUUCUACAAACCGUUUCAAAGACUGGGAAGAAAACCUCCUUUUGGGAUGAAGCUGCUGCUGCUCCUCCUGCAGCUUCUACCACCACAGCAUGAAAGAAAAUAUGGGAGGGAAAUGGCGUAAACUCACGAUUGUAAUAUUUUCACAAUUUCCUUUAUGGUGCCAUUUUGUUAUCUGAGUGUCUGAAUAAUUGUGACUAUUUGGCUCCUGCUUGUUAGAUGAAUGACAUGUAGUCUUGGGGUAUUAUGCUGUUUGUGAUAUUAGGCAGCACGCCUCUGUAGUUGGGAUAUCUUUGCUGAACGUUUAUAUAGAAACCUCUUUGGUGCAACUUUUCCAGGU